UCGGUGCUGUGUGGUUUAUGAGCUGCUGCAGGUCUACUGUGUCCAGUUGAGUGUGGCCAAACCUGAAGGAACUAAACUGAAUUACCUCAGUUGGAGACUGCUCCUUUGCAACCAAGAGUGUCCUCUUCCUCAACAAGAAGCUCUGUUUCGAAGAGACAGGUGGUCUCCAAUGUCUGGAGGAAGAAUCGAGACAAAAACACUAUGAAGAAGAGUCUAGAGAUCACAAGGAUCUUGUAGCUGUUACCUUCCCUUUCAUGUCUUAGUUGUGCUCUGGAGACAUUAUUCUUGGGUAAACCCAGCAGUCCUCAAGUCAAAAGAACAGUGAGAAAGUCUAUUAGGGAAUUUUCUUGUGCCCCAAAAAUACUGUUUUAAUGCCUGCCAGCCCUCAAAAAUACAUGAUUACAUCUAUUUUGCUAAUGGAGCUUCCUGAGUUGUAAGUGACAUGCUGGCACAACUGAGCAACUGAUCAUCAGAUCCCGGCAUGGUGUUCAACAUGGCUUCUGAGGCGGCCCAAAAUUUCCUUCAGCCGCUGUCUUCUUGGAUCUCUCAAAUAUAUGAAGCCAUCCAACAAGCAGGAGACUCUCUGUCUGCGUCACUGCUGAGCCUGAGYGGAGCGGGUCGUAAGUCAGAGGGUGAGAAGAAGAGCCAGGACUUGGAGGAUAAUGGAGGAGUUGAUGAGCUUUACUCUGAGGACUCAGAAGAUGAAAGCCACCUGGACUUGUGGGACGAGGAGUACUUGCAUCCUGGAGUAGAUGGUCACGUUCCACUCACAGGUCCAGGUUCUGCUCCUCAAGGUCUCCCUUGUGGCUCCGACGUGGCUCUGCAGAGGCCAAAACGGAUUAGAGAUGCCACGGGCUCAACAGAGCAGCGUGAUGAAAGCCCCAGGCCUUUGGCAGCCAGUGAAUCGCACUGGACUAGUGAAGAUGUCCAGCCGCUUGACGAGCUGCCUACCAUUGCAGAGGAAGGUCUGCCCCGCGUGAGGACGAGGGACCAGCAGCCCAGCAUCGGCACGAGUGCCUCCUUAAACCAUGAUAACGGCAAGGCAAGCUUGGCAGCAAACAGUUACGGGGAGGAUGAAGAAUUGACAACCUCUUCGGACAGCGACGAUGAGGUGAGGAAGCACUUUGAGAUCUCUGUGUCCCGUCCACAAAAAUCGGUGCCAGCGGCCGUGGAGCAUAGAGCCAAAUUCAGCCGCUUGCCCUGCAGCCACGAGGAGUACAGUACAGAGGCAUCUGAAUGUGAAGAUUUGGAUGGACUAAGCCAGCUGAGUUGCCAAGACAACCUGUCGUAUCACGAAGAUGACCGUACAUCUGCUGAUUUGAGAACAGCAACCGAGAGCAGGGGCUCUGGGCAGCACAGAAGACUUAGGAUGGAGCCUAGCCUUGCUGCUGGCAUUAGCCAGCCGGCCACGGACGCACGCUUGGACACGGCGUUUGCCAGCCAGAGGUUUGAAGGAAAUGAUGCUACGGACAGCUCAUCGGCUUGGAGCCCUGAGGAACGAGAUGGAAUGAACAGUUUGCUGGUUCAUCGCAGUGCCCAUGAGCCCAUCUGCAAAUGUGGUGAUCUAGAUGUCACCUUCAAUUAUAAGGCCUCAAGUCAGAAGCUGGUGGUGACUGUCCUGGAGGCCAGGGAUAUCCCAGACAAAGACCGCAGUGGUGUGAACACCUGGCAAGUGCACAUGGUCUUGAUGCCCAGCAAGAAGCAGAGGGGUAAGACAAGUGUUCAGAGAGGACCUAUCCCCAUAUUCAAGGAUAAAAUUACCUUCAGUAAGCUGGAGCCGGAGGAGCUUAGCAGCCAUGCAGUCCGCUUCCGCCUCUAUGCCGUGCACAAGAUGGUUGGGGAGAAGAUGAUGGGAGAGCAGUUGUUCUACCUGAGCAACAUCAGCCAGGAGGAGGAAGUGAAGGUGACGUUGGUCUUGGAGCCAAGGAGCAAUCUGAGUAGUGGAGACUCUCAGCUUAGUCUGUCAGCAAUCUCUCACAGCGACAGCGCUUCCUCGACACAGUCCCUGUCGCAUGGAGGGGUGCCAGAGCUGCUCGUGGGCUUGGCGUAUAAUGCCACUACGGGGCGGCUCGCCGUGGAGGUGAUCAAAGGCAGCCACUUCCGAAACCUUGCAAUUAAUAGGCCACCUGACACCUACGGAAAGCUCUGUCUGCUCAACUCGGUGGGCCAGGAGAUGUCUCGCUGCAAGACCUCCAUCCGUCGAGGACAACCCAACCCUGUCUACAAGGAAACCUUCAUUUUCCAGGUUGCUCUCUUCCAGCUCUCCGACGUCACGCUCAUGAUUUCCAUAUACAACAGACGCAGCAUGAAGCGUAAGGAGAUGAUCGGCUGGAUUUCUAUGGGUCAGAACAGCAGCGGGGAAGAAGAACAAGAUCAUUGGCAAGAAAUGAAGGAAACGAAGGGGAUGCAGGUGUGCAGGUGGCACACACUCCUAGAAUCCUAAUGGUUACACGACACCCUGCAGAUCCUGAGACUGUGGGCUGCUCUUCCCUUUUCCCAGCCAGCUGGAACAACCGCUGAGCUCCAACAGGUCAAGUACCCUUGAGCCUGACUUUUCAGCCUCAGCAGUCAUGGUGAUUGUAGGUGGCAGGGCCUGGGAGGCAUGUUUAGUUCUUGUCUUUCCAGGUGCUCCUGCCUUGUCCACAUCCAAAUAAUUAACCACUGAGAAAAGCAGUGGGAGAAUCUACAAAAUCCCCUCUCUGGUCAUUAUCUUGCUCAUUUUGUCAUAGGUUCAGUCAUCACAGACUGAAGCUGUUUUCUUCUGGAAUAAAUUCUCUUCCGUUUUUCCUCAUAUAUUCAUAUUAAUGAUGUUUGCAAAUAUUCUUGACAUGCAGAUAGCUCAUUAGUCUAGCCUGCAUGCGCAUCACACUUCCUCUCCCUUACUGUUGUGUUUCUAGGUCCUAGAAAUAAGCAUUUGAUGCCACUUCAGACUGGAUAAUAUAUUUUUCAGGCAGCAUGGGGAAGCACUACAGAAUUCUCUGUCUACUUCUAAGUGCCUAGGCAUUACUACUGUUCUCCUAUACUAGCAGUGGAUAUUACUCAUUAGGAUUAAACACAACCAGUAUUUUCAGUUAGGCAUCCUGUGCACUGGUUAGCCUGUAUUGCCGUAGGUUUGCAUGAGAGAGAGAGAGCAUCAAUUUUGUGUAAUGACCAUACAGUGCAUGUUUAGUUGCAUACUUGAAGUUUAUGGCUUCUGUCAUCAUGAAUAACAAAGAAAAAAGACCAGAACAAGCUGCAUGUCCACCUUUGUGCCUAAAUGACUCUCUUCUGCAUCAUUGUUAUGUUGUUAUGACCACAGGCUACCCUGUUUAGUAAAAGUUCAUUCAGAAAAGCAUUUCUGCAAGUGUAACACGGAGAGGUUUUAAAUAUUGUUUCUCAGUGAUUCAGCACAGCUCAGGUUGCUGAAUCCCAUAUAUCCUGUCCCAUAAAAUCUCCSGAGGAUCUCAAAAGAGAGUAUAUUUGGCACUGAGCAGUAAAUAGUGAUUUUACUGUAUCUUUUGGGUGAGCUGUUCUACAGACAARGAGCAGGAUCCAGGGGACCAUGUCCUAGAGGGACUGGGUGUCUUGGUCCAACAUGAGAGAAGAUUCCUGCCUUUACCUGGACACAGUGCAACGAGCAGGCCAGCUGGAUGAGGUGAYGACAUUUCUAUAUGGUCACUCUUGAGGCUAUGAUGUCUUUUUCCAUUUUAAUCUUUUUUCCUGCCUGUGCAAAUUGAAGUCACGGAGUCAAGAGACACGGAGGGAAGUGGCCUGCUCGUUGGCUACUAAAAGUGUAGUGGGUGUUUGCUGUUGUGAAGCUGCACGUGACACAGCAGAAGACCUGAAUCUUCUGGUGCARUGAAUGAUUGUAGGUAGGCAGGAAGGUGCCAAGAUCUGCAAAUACCAUUAGCUGCUCAGUUUUCCAUGCCCCACAUUUUCUAGGAGAGGACUGGCAUUUUGUCAUUCAUAUGGAUGAUAGUGAGGUGCAAGAAACAUCUUGCUGAAAAGCUCCUUCUGUACUGGACCAUUUUGUGGGUUAGUUUUGCUGUUUACUGAGACCAGGCACCAAUUCUACUCCCCACUGUACCACAACAGCCUUGUUGCCUUCUUCACUGCUGCUCUUUUCACUUASCCCUCUGAACUCAACAUCUUUUAUYGCAGUGAGACUGGUGGGAUCCUGCACAGGAGGGUUGUCCUCCACUGCCUGGGUAAGCUGGUAAAAUAUCUGCUUUGCACUGCCAGAGCUUUGCACCACA